AUUGUCAGAUUUUGAGGCUGUGGGCGACGACUUAGAAUAUGCGGAUGAGGAGCUCUUUGAAAGGAGGAUGCGGAGGCAGAGAGAGGAACAGCUGGCCAGAGAACAACAAACCGCUGCACGUCCGAGAAUAGAUGCUAACUGGUGGUGUUCUUGUGGACAAUGUUCCACUGUGCCAACAGAGGAGGAAUGCCUUUGUUGCUCCGAGUGGGAUUUGAGGCCAGGAGAUACACGUCUGGAUGUCUCCUGAAAUGACUGUCUCACAACUACAGAGGAUUUCACUUCUAUGAUCAACCGGGCUGUUUUUUUCGUGUCCCGAAAGUAAACUGGAAGACCCAGCCAAAGCCUGCAGGACCAAACGGGCAACUUUCGAUUGAGCCUACUGUGCACAGCAGCAGCAGACAAGUGUUUGUCAUCUCCCUGCAACAAUGGUGCCACAUGUCUGGACCACCUGGGUGACUAUGUGUGCCUGUGCCCCAAAGGACCAGUGUGGUACAUGGGCAAAAACUGUGAUGAGCUGUAUGAUGCCUGCAUCCUGGCACCUUGCGCCAACUGUACCAGCAAGCUUGGGACUGACGAGUUCACCUGCCACUGCCUGGAUGGCUUCACAGGGCUCAACUGCACACAGGAUGUAGAUGAAUGUCAGAGCAACCCCUGCAAAGGCAUCCAGUCCUAUUGUGUUAACGGAGUCAACAACUAUUCCUGCCACUGCCCCCUGGGCUUGGGAGGGGAGGAAUGCCAGGAUAAUAUGACCACUUGUUCAGGGGAAACAUGCCAGAAUGGUGGCACCUGUGUGGACAUCCCUGACACUGGGCACAGGUGCCAGUGUGCAGCUGGGUACGAGGGGAGGAACUGUGAGGAGAACAUUGAUGAAUGCCGGUCUGAGCCCUGUCACAAUGGAGCCAUCUGUAAAGAUGGGAUUAACACCUAUCAGUGUUUCUGUGUGCCUGGAUUUCAAGGCUACCACUGUGACUUGGACAUCAACGAGUGUGCUUCCCGACCGUGUCAAAACAAUGGCACAUGUCAGGAUGAGGUGGAUCACUACAGGUGUGACUGCACUCCAGGCUUCAAAGGGAUAAAUUGUGAGGUGGAGAUCGAUGAGUGUGAGGUGCAUCCCUGCCAGAAUGGUGCCACCUGCCGAGACCAUGUCGCCAUGUACACGUGUGAGUGCAUGGCCGGCUUCCAGGGUCAAGACUGCGAGGUCAACAUUGAUGAAUGUGCCAGUAUUCCCUGUUUGAAUGAGGGCAAGUGCAUAGAUGGGAUCAACAGCUAUGAGUGUGACUGUGAGGGGACGGGCUUUGAAGGUGACCAUUGUGAAGAGGAUAUUCUUGAAUGUGCUUCUGACCCCUGCCAGCAUGGAGCCACUUGUUUGGAGGGGAUCAACCAAUACCAGUGCCUCUGCUGGCCAGGUUACAAGGGAGAGAACUGCCAGCUGGAUGUAGAUGAAUGUGAGCAGCAUCCCUGUGAGAAUGGUGGCCAGUGUUUCCAGCGCUCAGAUAUCUUGAACUACAGAACGCUGCCUGAACUCAGCAAUGCCAAUUUCAGCUAUGAAGAGGCAGCUGGUUUCAUCUGCCACUGUCUGCCAGGAUUUACUGGAGACAACUGCUCAAUCAAUGUGGAUGAUUGUGAGUCUGGUCCAUGUCAGCAUGGAGGAACUUGUCACGAUCUGAUCAACUCUUACCAGUGUGUGUGUCCAGACGGCUUCACAGGUGUACACUGUGAGGUGGACGUCAACGAGUGUGACAGCAGUCCCUGCCAGAAUGGCGCCACGUGUAAAGACGCUGCCAACUCCUAUAGGUGUCUCUGCCCCAUGCCAGAGCCUGGCCAGGAGCCAUGGGGUGGGCAAGACUGUGACGUCCGUCUGGUCGGCUGCCAACAGCACCAGUGUCAGCAUGAAGCAGGUUGUGUCUCUGUGCUAACCGAUGAAGGAGAGCACAGCUACACCUGCCUGUGUCCGCCUGGCUGGACUGGAGAACGCUGCAACACCUCCACCACCUUCUCUUUCAACUCUGAGGGCUAUGUCCACAUGCAGCUGCCUGUUUCCAAAAACAGGACAAAAAGGGAGACUAAAGACCACAAUCACGGGCUCCACAUGCAGCUCCGAUUCAAGAGCACUCUGCCUGACAUGGUGCUGUACUACCGGGGCAGCAUGGAGCACUUUGUCUCCUUGGAGCUUGUCAGAGGCUCCCUUCAAGCCAGGGUGAAGUCUGGAAAGGUACUGCAGGUUAUUUACCCUGGCCCAGUCAAUGACGGGGAAUGGCACCAGGCCACUGUCACCAUGGAUGAGAGGCUGGUUCUGGUUGUAACCGGACCUGGCUGUGAGGAAGAGUGCCUGGUGAAAAAUGAGGGCUACAACCAUCUGAUCUUCCUGCAGCCUAGCUUCUUUGAACAGCUAUAUGUUGGAGGGGCACCGCAGGAAUAUUUAGCCCAUACGUCCAGCGGAAGGGGCUUCAUUGGCUGCAUGGAAGACCUUCAAGUUGAUCACAAGUUGCUUCUACCUCAGGACCUCAUCAGAGAGGAGAACCAGGGCUUGGAAAUAGGAUGCAGCAAAAAAGAGUGGUGUCAAGAUGACCCAUGUAUGCGGCAUGGGCAGUGUGUGGACAUGUGGGUUCGUUCCAGCUGUCGGUGUCAUCGGCCCUACUAUGGAGAGAGCUGUGAGAAAGAGUACCCAUCCUGGACCUUUGGUCAUGAGAACACCACCAGCUAUGCUGCAUUUAACAUCUCAGAUACCCAUGGAGACAACUUCACCAUCUCCUUUUUGAUGCGCUCCCUCAAACACAACGGUCUGCUGCUGCAGCUCCGACGAGAAGGAAAGCCCUACCUUACAAUCUAUCUGAAAGAGGGCACUGUUGCUAUUUACAGCCCUCACACCACACUGCUGUCAGAGGCCAAGUUCGUCACUGACGGCAACAAUAAUUUAGUGACUGUAAAGGUACAGUAUGGCCAUGUGGUUUUCCCUAAAGCAGGGUAUCAUCGCGCCUUAGGGAACGUGAGUGUAGAGGCAGGGGAUGUGGCGUAUUUGGGAGGGCUUCCUGCAGGUAAGGGCAUAUAUGCCUGGGGUGGACAUCUCAAGGGCUGCCUGCAAGACUUUCGGCUGGACCACAAACAUCUGACCACUGAGGAUCAUCUGGAGGGGGUGGAAGUUUACCAGGCAAGGACAGAGCAGAAUGUGCUGCCAGGAUGCCAAAGUGAUGACACAUGCAAGGAUCAGCCCUGUUUCAAUGGUGGACAGUGUCAGGUUACUUGGAAUGACUUCAAGUGCGACUGUUCCAUUAACUACUCUGGCCGGCUGUGCGAGACACGUUUGUGGUGUGUUGAUAAUCCUUGUCUUGACAAAGUGCGCUGUGUGGACUUACCGGAUGGUUAUGAGUGUUUAACUGAGGCCAUUUUUCAGGACAAUGCUCUACAGUAUGUUGCCAACAACUCCUUUCUGAGCCCUGUAACCAACAUCACCAUGGAUUUACGGACACGGGAUGAGAAUGGGAUCUUGUUGCGUGCUGAAAGCAAAGCCGAGGUCUUCUGCCUGGGUCUGCUCAACUCCUCCCUGCUGGUCAAAAUGGACAGCGGGACGAGUGCAGAGCUGCUGGCCUUCACAAGUGACAGGGCCAUUGCAGACGGAGGGUGGCAUCACAUUCAGCUUACCAUGGUCGAUCCCACACAGUUAGCGUCCCGCUGGCGCCUCACUGUAGAUGGACAGAGAGUUGGUGGCAGCUUCAGCGUUGGCGGCAACCUCAGCUUCCUCAGUGACACCAAAAUAUGGCUGGCUGAGAAAUACACUGGAUGCUUAGGGGAGGUGAGAGUAGGUGGAGUCUACCUGCCACUCGUAAAUGUUCCAGAUGCCCCUCAGAUGAGCCGCUUCUCCAGACUGGGUGGGCACGAGCCAAUCAUAGGAUGCCAAGGUGCACCGAUUUGUGAUUCCCAGCCCUGCCUCAAUCAGGGUGUAUGUCAGGACCAGUUUAAUGAGUUUAACUGCAGCUGCAGUGCAGGAUGGGAGGGGAACCUGUGUGAGAUGGAGAUAAAUGAGUGUUCUUCAGAUCCAUGUGUCUAUGGUACAUGUAAAGACCUUCUGGCAGACUACCAGUGUGACUGCAAGCCUGGGUACACAGGUAAAGACUGUCAGGAUGAGGUGGAUAACUGCCUGGAGUUCAGCUGUGUGAAUGGAGGAACCUGUGUGGACACAGUGGGAGUUCACACAUGUUCAUGUCCUCCUGGCUACAUUGGCAAACGCUGCCAGUGGCGUUUCCCUCCUGUGGCGUGUGAUGAAAACACGGAGUGUCUUAAUGGAGGGGUUUGUAUUGGAGGUGACUCUGGAGGCAACUGCACCUGCAAGCCGGGAUACACAGGUGCCAGGUGUGAGACAGAAAUAGACGAGUGUGAGUCCAGCCCUUGUCGCAACGGUGCCACCUGUCUGGACAGACUCAACCAUUUCCAGUGUGUGUGUGUGCCGGGAUUCAGUGGCACACUGUGUGAGAGAAAUAAAGAGGAAUAUAAGGAGCGAGUCCCCUGGCUGGUGGUGACCAUUCCCCUGACCACACUGUGUGUGUUACUGGCCAUCGUGGUCGUGUUUUGCCUCAUCAUGACAGCACGGAAGAAGCGUCAGUCAGAGGGCACAUACAGCCCCAGCUCACAGGAGGUAGCUGGCGCCAGGCUAGAGAUGGGUAGCGUCCUUAAAGUACCCCCAGAGGAGAGGCUGAUCUAAGGCCUGCAGCCCUGCGUCACAACCUCACAUCUAGUGGAUGUAGGCCUAUGUAAAGGGCAGAGAGAACAGAUGCUCUGCAGUGUCACACUGAAGAGCCCUUCUGUCUUUCGAGGAAGUGAUGGAGGAUAAAUCUACGACUGAUCCUCCACUUGGGAAAACUACUGACGUUGAAGUCUCACAGAUGGACAAGUUAAGACCAGAGGCUGACACUGCUUCCUUAUUACUCAGCCUGUCCUGUUGUAGAGGGUGUACCUGGAUGGCCUCAGGAGGAAAAGUCUUGAGGACAAUCUCAAGCUUGAUACCCAUAGGACUAAAGUCAUGUGAGGACCACAUGUACUAAAGAAAAGCACCCACACCUGUGGAUAUUAAGGAAUGUAUUCACAUUGACACCCUCCAUACGCUCACAUAAGAGCAAGAGCAAGUAAUUCAUCAUUUAUGGUUUAGCAAAGCAAAAUAUUCAAAACCUUCCUCUGCAGAUUCCACUGCAGAUUCUGUUUUGCAUGAUAGUAGAAAGAGGCAUGUGUAGAGGGAGUUUAAUUUGCAUGGGUAUAAAUUGCAUAAUAUAAUCAGGGGUACCCUUUCAUCAUCUACAUACUCCUUAUAGUAGCAUUACAUUGCAUUUGCAAGGGGAUGUCUGUCUUAUAGUGAGAUUUUUUAGAAACAGGCACUAGUUUCAAAUCCUGACUUUAUCUUGUUAGAGGUCCCUUGGUAUUGCUAAUCCUGCAUGACUCUUUUGCCAUAAUGGUUUUUAAUGCCUGAUUUCUGCUUUUUUCCCCCUCUCCUUCUAGAGUAAAUCUCUUUUUUAUCAGUCUUAAAAAUUGGAAGCAGCAUUUGCAAUAUCAGUUGAAGAAGGAAUGUAUUUUCAAUUCAAACUCAUCAUUUCCUUUGCUGAAUCAGAAAUUUUGAAUUUGCACAAAAUUUCCUUGAUCACUGGUAAUUUAAGGUGCUUUAUAUAUUUAGAAUAAUUCUUGUCCCAUGUCAAAGGAGCAUUCUUAAGUGAAAGGCAGUACUCUUCCAUCAUGUAUCUUUAGGGUUUUAUGCAUUCAAUUACUUAGUAGGCUAAUUUCAUUUUAUUUAAUCUGCUGUGGUGUGUGAAUGAAAAAAUGCAGAAAGAUCAUACAAUGAAACAUGACCCCAGAACUGAAUGUGCGGAUGGGCACAGGCUGUUCUCACGAACUGUUGGUGCAUAUUCCAAUGAAAAGUAAUGCACCAAAAUUCGUACAUAUCCCACGUAAUGGUGAGCAGUAACUCGUGCAUAACUCAUGUAUUUUGGAAGGCUGUGAUCACAUGAGCAAUGCUCUGACAGGAGUAAAGAAGGAAACUGUCUGGACCGGUCCAGUUAAGAGGCAGGUUGGGAUGGUGGGUGAGUUACAAAACACUGGACUUUCCCUCCCAGGGACUGUGUAAGCUUUGAGUCAACUUUGAGUUAUUUUAAGGUAUGUCCUCAUCAUGUUUCUUUUCCUAAACAUAACCAAUGUAAUUUUACAUUUUUUAUGUAAGUUAAUGUUAAGGACGUAAUGUCAUUUGUGGGGUCCUAAUUCAUAGGAUAUCAUAUAUACCUUUAUAUGAGGACAUAUUGAUGGACAUCACUGGAACCUCUGCAGGAGUCAAACACUGUUAUCUAACUAUUUGCUGUAUUACGUUGUCAAAGUCUAAACCACUCUGCCCCUUCUUUGUCACUGUGCAAGUAUGCUGUGAGUAUUUCAGCCAUGUCUGUGUGUUGUGUAUAAUGUGCUGCAAAAGUUCAGGUCACUGUAUUUUCCUUUUUUGUUAUGUUUUCAAGAGGAAUAGUAUUUAUUGUAGGUGUCUUAUUGCUGAGGUCUAAGGUGUCAUAUUAGUUUUUGUGGACAGAAAUACUUCAGAUGUCAGAAGAGUUUUUUUCAAAGAAUGUAUUGUAGGUACUGUGUGUAGGAUUUAGUGGGAUAUAUUGGCAUAAAUAGAAUAUAUGUUUCAUAACUGUGUUUUCAUAAGUGUAUAAUCACCUGAAACUAAAAAUUGUUGUGUUCUCCCAACCUGGUCUCACUCGGAAGUCGUCGAAUACUGGCGCUUGGUCAGUGACCUCCCACGUCAGACACCAACGAAAUAAGCCACCCUUUCACAUCGACAUGAUACGGUCGCUGUUAUUGUUUAACAGAGGCUGGCGGCAUCAGGGGGAAACACAGCGGGACAGCAACAAAAGUUACACGGUAAAGUUCAACUAGGGUGGGUGGGAGAGGUGGUGAAUGGGUCCAGUAACCACCGACUUUCACCUGGGAGGCUGGUGUUUGCUGGUGUUUCCCCUAAGAUUGUAAAGCCAAACCCUGUUCUUUUGUUGCCUAAACCCAACCAUGUGCGUGUGUUGGCUAAAUGUAACCAUGUGUGUUUGUUGCUGAAGAAAAAAACAUCAGUCUGUGGUGUUGUACCGAUGGAGUACGUUUGUUUUGAAAGACACUGUAUGAAAACUGUACAUUUCCUGUGAAAACAGAAGUGUAUUUUGAAAACAGACAAUGCAUGUAACAGGCUAAAGUUGACACAGUGUCCCAGAACAUCAACAACCCACGCACCCAGGGUACCUUGCAUGUCAUAUCUCGAAGUCCAUGACCAAAUGUCAAUAUGUGAUGAGGCCAGAGUGAGAAUGUGUUGGGUUUCUUUACCUUAUAAUGAGCAGUUUAUAUUUACAUAGGUAGCAGGUCUUCUUCCAUGAAGUCCGCCAUGUUGUUUCUACAGUAGCCCAGAAUGGACAAACCAAACACUGGCUCUAAAUAGCGCUAUUCACAUUUUUGCGUCAGUCAUUGUAGUUCUUCUAAAAGCAUGGCACACAGGAGAGGUUUUGGUGGGUUGCAUUCUGCAACUCUGCAACUCACUGCUAGAUGCUACUAAAUCUUACACACUUGACCUUUAAAGGAACAGUUCGACAAUUUCAGAAUUCCACUCAUUCAGUUUCUUUCCCAGAGUGAGAUGAAAGGAUAAAAGUCUGGAGCUGGAGAAAUUAGCUUAGCUAAGCAUAAAUACUUAGGGGGGAGACCAACUAGCUUUUCUCUAUCCAAAGUUCAAAAAUAUUCCCAUCAACAACCUGAGUGCUCACUAAUUAACACGUCAUAUCUCAUUUUUUUUAAAUUCCUUGCAGAAACAGUGAUCCAUACAAAAAUGUAAAAAUGACAGCUGAUAAUUGUAGGGUGAGAACUGGAACUGCUUAUUGGCAAACAGCUAGAGGCAGUGAUUGUGCACAUUGCACAGUGAGGUAGCCAGGUUUUGUAUGAUGAUGCCAGUACAGAGGCCAAAACGUCACAGAUUGUUGCUGCUAACUCAUGCACGCUAGUGACACUGCACAGAACACUGGAUGGAUGGACUGAUUGUUGUUUGCCAUUAAAUAGUUCAAGCACCAAAUCCCAAAACUCUUUUUUCCACUUCUGUUCAUGUACAGAUAAAACAAAAAAGAAACAAUGUCUUAAUUAGUGAACUUUGAAGGUGUUCAUAGCCAUAUCAUAUUUUUCACUUUGGAAGGAGCAGGGUGAGCUGUUUUCCUUUGCUUCCAGUCUUUAUACUAGGCUAGGCUAACCACACCCUAACCCCAACUUCCUAUUAAACACACAGACAUGAGACUGAUAUCCAUCUUUUUGUCUGAUUGUCAGACAGAGAGCAAAAAAGUGUAUCUUCCCAGAUUUUCACUUUUUGUCAUAUCGAUAAAACAUUGUCAAGUUGUAUUUCCUUUCUAUAAUCUCACAGAAUGGCUUCAGACAAACCUGUGUUCUAACUUUAGGGUAAUGUUCCACAUAUACUUAUCAUUAUACUUUGAUGCCAGUGUACUCACAUUUAUACUCCAGAAGGUCCCACUGCUCAUUUGCCUUUCACUCUGUACUCAGCACUGUUGCUAACUUUAUGAAACCACUUAACCAGGAUGCUUUUACAGGUAACUAAAGGUGCUGAUAACCCAGACUGACAAACUGUAGCGGUUUUAUGGUAACAGAUAAGUGACAUGCAAGUCACAGGUGAAAAUGAAUUAGAGAGACACUGGUCAUUACCAAUGAAUGUAGUAUUAAAUGUAACUUUAAAGGGGUAAUAUGUAUGACUUUCAUCAUGAUCUGUGGAGUUGUAGGUAGCAUUGGUGUCAAUGACCAGUAACAAUUACUUUAUAGUUUGUAAAGUUUAGUUUGACUUUCUUGUAUCUGAUCGAGUACAACUGACCCAAUAUUGGUCAAAUGUAGCUGAAUAUGUUUAUGGCCGAAGGUACUGUAUAUGGACACCCCUGUUUUUCAGUGUUUGGUCCAAGCGCCUGAUUUCUAAUAAAGGGAAUUCUUAAUGCUGCAGUAGUUUCUGUUUGGGAUAUAUGAAUCCCCUGUGGCUCAGAGGGUAGUGCAGGUCAACCUUCAAUCGGAAGUUUGGCAAUUCAAUCCCCAGCUCCUCCAGUCUGCAUGUCAAAGUAUCCUUUGGCAAGAUACUGAACCCCAGCUUGCUUCCAGUCAGUGUGUGAAUGCAUAAUGAAUGUUUAAGCUGGGUAGCAGGUAGCACCUUACCAGGUAAGGUGCAUGUGACAUGUAGUGUUAAAGUGCUUUGAGUGGUCAGAAGACUAGAAAGGCAUUAUACAAGUGCAGGUUAAUUUAGCUUUUACCAUUUACAUGCCUAAGUUCACACAGUUAGCUCCAGAAAGAAAUUAUUUUCCCAAUUUGGGGUGAAGGAACGUAAAUGGCCUGCAAAGAGCCCUGACCUUAACCCCAUCUGACACCUUUGGGAUGAACUGGAACACUGACCGGCUGUUAAAGCAGCACAUCCAUGCCCAUGGUUUUUGAAUGAGAUUUUUUAGCAGUUAGGUAUAGGUGUAAUGAUGUCCACAUACUUCUGGCCAUGAAUUGUAUGUAUAUAUUAUCAAGGUGUAAAUAGUUAAGAAAUAUGGUAAAAUAAAUAAAUAACCUCAUCUUUCUGAGCUGAUAAUAAUAUGACGAGCCUCAGCAUCAGACCUGGGCUCCAAGUCUCUACACUAGAGGCCUUCCAAAAUGGACCCAUGGAAACCCUCCCUGGACAUGCAUCAAUACAUUUUUGAAAAGAAAAAAAAGACACAGUGUCCCUGUUGGACUGUGUCUAAAUAUUUUCUCUCACUGUGAUUAUGACAUAUUGGCACUAAUCCAAGUCCAGUGGCAAUAAAAUGAAAGCCUUCCCAAAUAGGCUAUGGCAGUACCUUUUUUUUCAUACCUUGAUACCUUCCUGAAAUUUCACUGAGGUACAUAGUAUAUGACAGUAUUAGCAUGCUACGCAACAUCCAUCUCACCUUCAGCCUCCCACCUGCCGAGUUUGCUGCCUUCUGAAAGCCAUGCUAGUAAUAAACAAUACAAACUCACUAAAUGAUGAGAAAGUUAAUAUUGUUACAUAUAUAUUCCUUAUUUAACAGAAAAACAACCUUCUGAAUUCAAGUUUCUCUUUUUCUCUGAAAUGAGACUAGUGUUAACUCAUCCUAAAACACAUUUCAUUCAAACUGGACAGAAACAAAAUAAAACUUACCAAAACUGCCUCAGUUAGUCUUAGUAGUUGUCUAGUUAGUUAGUCCGCUGUUCCAACAUUCAGUAAAUCUGGUUUGGUCAAAAUAAAUCCCCAAUUCACAGAGUUAGAUGUGAAAAUAUGUUGCUUUUCCAUAUGGUCUCUCUCUACUGUUGCAGGCCAGAUUCCACAGUCUGGAAAUGUUAUUCCCAUCACUCGGAGUCACAGUGUCUGUCAUUUCAACUUCUCAUUCCCAACUCAUCAAAUACUUCUGCUUGGUCAGUGAUUUUGGUGUCAGACACCGACACCAAAAGCCACCUUUCGGGGCAGUAUGAUACACUGCUGGCCUGCCAGACAGCACCUGUCACAGCAGUACUACACAAGUACAGGCAGCGUCAGUUAAUGACGUGGCCAGACAGCACCUGUCGCAGUGGUAUGAUACGCCACUGGAUGGUGUCAGCUUGAAACAGUGCCAGUAACAAAGUAGUAUAAGGAGCUGAAAGAUCCCUAUGGGGUGGGCAGCAUGAGUAUUGGAUGGGUCCAAAAAACCCCAGACUUCCACCCAGGAGCCUGCUGUUCGCUGGGUCCAUGUCAUUGGUCCGACAUCCCAUUAGUCCGACGGUCCGCGGUGCUGAACGGCUCCCGGCGGGCGUAUUUCUGUCUUGAUGGUGCGCCGCAACCGGCUCUGGGUCAGCUGGGAAAGGCUUGAGGCGAAGCAGGCUCACGGCUUAUGUGUUUGUCACUUUCUUUUUCAUUUUAACCCACACCAUGAUCUUUUCCUGACCCUAACCAAGUGGUUUUUGUGCCUAAACCUAACCAGACCUUAACCACAGGGCAUCAUGAUGAUUUCGGAACAACGGGACUUCGGAACAAUGGGUUUAAUAUGGUCGGAACAAUGGGAUGUCAGACUAAUGGGCUGUCGGACCAAUGGGCAGUUCCCCUGUUCGCUUACCAUGUGAAUGUAGAUCCAAACCAUGAUGUUUCUUUCUAAACCUAACCUUGUGCUUUUGUUGUACAAGGAAAUAAACAAAAAUAUGAGGUGUUUUACAGUCAUUGUAAGAUUAUUUUGAAACUGUAUGCAUCUAACGAUUAGAAACUGAAAAUGGAAGUAUAUUUAGAAAAGGCAUAAUGCAUUUUAAAAAAUGACAUGCCAUCCUGCAAUGUCAACAACAAAUGUAGGAGGACACCUAUUGUAUAGACCUGAACGGCACUGACAAGGUAGUGAUAUUUAACAAGUUGGGAUGAGAACAGGUUGGCCUGUGCCACCAGUGGAGGCUAGAGACUGACUUCUGAUGGCCCAUCAUGUGCAGUACAUACAAUGAGUUUAAUAGAUAGAGGAGCAUCUGUAUUUUUGAUGGUAUUGAAAAUCAUACUGUCAGGAAUUCUUAAUACCCUGAUAUGUAUGAGUAUGUAUGACUUUAUGAGUAUGAGGAUGCAGGGUUGUCAUGCUACUGACUACCUGUAGGGUUUGAUAAAGUUCAGAAAUCACUUAAUGCUCCUUUAAAAUAACUGCAGGGAACAUAGGGGUGUGUGCAUGAUGAGAUGACAGUAUGUGCCUUUACGUUCUCCUGCAUUCAUGAAACAAGAAUCCUGUGGUCUGUUUUUAUGUUACUUAUUCAGACAGAUGAAAGCCUUUGUGUAGUGUUUAGAAGGAUCCAAAGGAAGGGCACAGACAGAGACCUCACUGAGAGAAGUAUACAGGGUAGCAGCUCUGCUCAAACAUUCAAAUGUCAAAAGCAUUACAGUUUUGUAAAGACUUGCAGUAUUAUACAGUGAUGUGACUUAACAACAGAACAUAUACAGUACAGGAUGGAUAGGUAUCCCAGCUAUGUGCAGAACGGUAGUGAUUUUACAUUGGAGAUGUUUUUACUAAAGCUGUACCGUGUACAGCACACUGUAGACCAGACAUCAGGAGUUCUAUUCCAGUAAACAGGAUCCAUUUUGUGAGUGACACCAAUGGGUCAACCCAGGACUUAUACUGCAAUUCACUUACUAGAUACCUGUUGUUGUUUUUUUAAGUUAGUGUCUGUUUUUUUGUACUCAGAACACUUGUCUAUAUGAGGAGGAUUUUGUUUAUGGAAAUGUUUUGCAUUUAGUGGAAAAUGGCUUUAAUUGGAAUCAAAAUUGGCAUGUAUGAAAUGUGUCUUAAACAGUGUUCAAGGAAAAAUAAAACAUUUCAUUUUGUAAAAA